CAUCAAGCGACGCGCCUCUUUCCUCAGGGCCGUCCAAUUCGGCGGGGUUUUGGGCUAGCAAUAAUCCAGGGACGAACAAACGUGGGGAACGUGGCUUGGCCAGUUUCUGGAAAGCGUAUAUACCGCGUACCUACCUUACACCCUCUGCACCGGGGAUGCCGCGCAACUUUCCUCAACGGGCAGAGCGACUGCGUAGGGGUGGAUAGGGGGUGGUAGUCCCGGGCCUGACCGAGGAGCAGCAGCCGUGACACGACCACCAUCACCAUCAACGUAAGCAUCCAGUAGCGCACGAUCCGCCGUUAGGGUGACCAGGGUAACCCGAUUCGCUUAUCGCUGCGUAUAAAAGUGGUUUGACGCUUUUCGCAACGCACGUGUUUUAACCAUCGCCAUACACUUUUGCUCAAACAAAAACGAAAAGAUCAAGGACUAAGGGAGCACGGAGCCAAAUAUUAAACAGUAUUGCCGGCUCGUCGGUCGGAAACGUUACCGUACAAAAGCGCCAAUUUGAAGAAUCGCCGUGUGCCGGCGGGGAGGGGUGAGGUCACCGCACACCGUCAACAGGUUAUGGAAGAGUGCUGCGAGAUUGCCGAAUCUGCGCGUCUAAAUCCACACACUUGUCGAUUCAAUUUCUAUUUCAACUAUCAUACUGCUGGUGUUACGUAGAUAUAUAGGUAGAUUUUUGUGCAUCGCGACUCAAUGGUCAUAAGUCAUAACGAUACAUAACUUUGAAUGUGUCGCAAAUAAACAGAACUUAAUUUUACCUCGCGAUACGAGAUAGAUUCUGUAGAACCUACAGUUACCACUGGUUUUUGAACGCGCGGGGGUCGUUCGGCCCCUUUUCCGAAAACGUCGGACAGUUAAAUUUUUUCAUGUUAUUUUCUCAUUUGCGUUAAUUUGAUGUUAUAUACCGAGUGUGAAAACGACGAGUAUUGCUAGUAUAAUUGAUAUCGGUAUUCAGAGUGUAAUAAUAUCAUUAACAAUGAGGGAUAAGGAACAAUGUGGUGUAUACUAUGUAUAAUCUGUGUUGCGAUAAUGAAGACUGUAGUCGAUAAAUCAACGUCCGAGCCCCGCGGGUGUGCGAGAGUGAAGGGUUAAAAGGGGGCGAGUGUGUUUCCAUCCAUCUAUGAUGAUAAGGUACUAUAUUCAUUGUGGUCUGUAUUGGGGCAUAGAUUGAAGAGCUGUAUAUAAUAUGCCCCCGGACGUGAUUAAUCGUGGCAUAUCAUUAUAGUGAGUAUACGUAGGCGACGAUGUACGCACAUGGGUAUGAAUACGCAUACUGUUGUGAAAAUAGCGUUUCAUGAUGAUAUUAAUCCUAUGUAAUUUGAUAAGUAAUAAUGAAACAAUGCCGAUCAAUAAAGACCUUUGCCGAGCACUCUAGACGAAGUUAACUACCAUCGCAAUCAUGGUCUGUGCUAAGCAUCCACAUCGGCAACCUGGCCUGUAUCGUGUAGGCUAUGAAGGGCCGCGAUUCGGUUUUAAUUGAAGCACAAAAGCGAAUAACGAGGCAUCGAGGCGGGAUCCAAAAGGUCGGGGAUCCACGAGGAAAGGAAAAGAAAGGCUUAGUCCCUGAGCUUAAGGGCGCUAGGUAGUAAAAGGGUGCGGGGUUGGUAUUUUAGAGAAAGAUCCGAAACAGGAUGGCGGUCAAUAGCCCUGACUCUUACGGCAAAUCGCCAAAGAGCAUCCGCCAUUUACCACAGCCACCGCAAGCCUCGGGUCAAAAGAGUCCGACACAAAGGUACUCGGAGUCGACCAACUCAGAAUCGGGGGACUCGAACUCGGCAAAGACAAAGACGACCCGAAUACCCCGCACUUUUGAUCUAUCCACGGAAUAUUACCCACAGGUCGGAAGCGCCAAGUUCGACUGCGAGGAGUUCGGAGCUGCCGGCUCGCCGGCAAACCCUGGAAAAAAUCGCAACGGCGAUAACACCGGAAACUACUUCACUUUCUCCGCCCCGAAAAGUCCCAACAGCCCGGAAAGCCCGAACGCCGGUCCCAGGACUCCAAGGACCCCCAGGACCCCCAAGAGUCCCAGCUGCGAUGGAAGCGUGUUUAGCUCUCCAGGGUUUCCCUCCCCCUCGAACGUCUUCCAGUUCUGUAACGUCAGGAGGAACUUAAACAAGACCAUGUCUUACCCACCAAAGAGCCCCAUCACUCCAACGGUAUCGGGAUCCCCACAGCCCGGGCACAAUCAGUAUUUCAAUUUCAGCCACGCAAAAAGUCAGACCGCCACGAAUGCCAAAAAGCAGUCCGAGUUUUUCGACCGCCGGCGUAGUUCCUGCUUCAAUCUUGGCCCCAAGAGUCCGAGGAGUCCAAGAAGCCCGAGGAGCCCGAUGUCCCCAACGAUCAUUGCCCCGACUGGACUGAGUCGAGGCGAGAGUCCAGUGGAACCGAAGCUGCAGGUAGAAUUUGGCGCGAAGAGUCCCAGGUCACCGGGUCAUGGGCAAACGACCAGGUUCGACUACGACAGUCCUCGUCGUGGAAACCUUCCCUCCGGAGAGUUCAAUCGCAGCCAGGGAUGCCUCGUUGGAAAGGAAACUCUCGUCGACGCCAAACCCGGGAAGACCAUGGCCCGGAGGUCCACGAGUGACCUGACUGACCUGACCGAAGCUGAGACCCAGGUGACCAUGCUUUCAAGUCCCGCCGUUCGACGAAGGGGCUCGAUGAAGGCAGGCUUGGCUUAUCUGGCCUCACGACGCGGUUCAAGGGACAGUCAGGCGUCGAAUUUGUCGAACGUGAGCAACGAGGACGUGGGCCCCCUCAAUUUCACCGCUCACCCUCGAGGGCGACAGCGGAGGACAUCAAAUUUCCUCGAAUUACCCGUACCUGACCACGUUCGGCCGAGAGUUCACAGCCUCCCUGAGAAGGCGUACAACCCUCGUGCAUGCGACGAUCUCUACAGACUGCGAGCCUUCAGCAUCACCCACAAGGGCGUGGUAAAUCGCGGGGACUCCAUUAUCUCGAGGCGUAGCCGGAGCAACACCUCGGUAAACAGCGGCCGAAACAGCAACGUGUCCGUUUCGGGGGAAAGAUCGCCCUUCGACGGAUCCUGCUGUAGCGCCCAAGGCGGAGCGGAGAGCACGGAUAACAGCGACGUGGAGGAAGUGCCCAAAUACCGCGUCGUACUUCUCGGUGAUUCGGGGGUCGGGAAAACUGCCCUCGUCUCUCAGUUUAUGACCAGCGAGUACAUGAACACCUAUGAUGCCAGUCUGGAUGACGAAUUUGGGGAGAAGACGGUCUCCAUUCUACUCGACGAAGAGGAAUCCGAAAUGAUAUUCAUCGAUCAUCCGAACGUGGAGAUGAGCGUGGAAAACUCUUUAUCGACGUACGAGCCACACGCCUGCAUAGUUAUUUACUCGAUAGUAUCACGUGCUAGUUUCGAAGUGGCCGAAGAGAUCCUUAACUAUCUAUGGCGAGAGCAUUUCACCCAGGAACGCGCUGUCAUCGUUGUUGGAAACAAGGCUGACCUGGCCCGAAGCCGGACAAUCACAGCCAACGAGGGUAAGCAGCUUGCUACUUCGAGGGAGUGUAAAUUCAUAGAAACGUCGAGUGGCAUUCAGCACAACGUCGACGAGCUCCUCGUCGGGGUCCUUAAGCAGAUCCGACUGCGGGAGUCCCGGGACAAGAAACUGCGUCGUCAGGGCAGCAAGGGAAAAAUGCUGGUUAAGCUGCACGCGAGCAAAACAGCCCUCAGCCUGAAUCUUGCCCGUGAAAUAUUAAGCAAGAUGUGUAUUAAUGACACGAAGAGCAAGAGCUGCGAGAACCUCCACGUCUUGUGAAGUAUCGCCUAGCUCAACAAAGUGUCCACCAUGCGUACGACGGAGAUUUAAGAAUUCCUAAACAAGUAAAUAGUUUGUGCAAAAGCUUUGGAUGGAUCGGAAAACGGGCAGCUAAAUAUUCUUCUUCAAAGCUUUUUGCGAUUUGUAAUUUGGUCGCACCUACCAAGUCACCACGUUGUUAACCGUAUUUCCAAACAAUUUCAGUCGAAUCGUGCGCAGCGAAUAUCUCCAAAAAACAAACACAGGAUUCAUAUUGAUAUUUUGGUAAAUCAAAUUAAAAAGCACUUUUCGACUACCCAAACAUAUAUUUUACCCGGAUGCCAUUGUACGCUUCCUUCCGAAGAAACGUCGACUAUCGAAAACAUUCAGGUCCAAAGACUGUAGUUCUUUUUCAUUACACGUGAAAUUUUGGCAUGUACAUACAUGAGCCAUACAUUUCGUAUAUCCUCAUCCCAGGUUCUUCCCUCUCACUCUCUCGCCCCAUCCAUGAUUUUCCCAAUGUUUUAUAUCCGAACUUUUUGCGGUGGUUUCAAUAUCACCGAAGCUGUACCACGCAGCUCUCAUGCCUACAAAUACACCCUCACGAGACGGUAAGUAGGUAUUACGUACUCUGAGCAGUGAGGGGAACUUUUCCCCGCGACAAUGCUUGAUGCAAUAAAAUGUAAUAAAUCGUAACUUCCACACAACUGUAGCGGCGAGUGACGCAAGUGUGUGUACGCACGCUGUAUAUACGUAUAAGCCCCACCCCCCCCCCCCCCGCCGCCUUCCCUCUCCCCCUACCCCUACCAAGUCUUCUUUAAUUUGAAGUAAGUAUAUUGUAUCCGUCUUAUACCCUUGUACAUUAAAGUGAUAUCCACUCCAUCGCACAUUCGCUGAUUGCUAUUUAAUUAAUUCUUGCUCGUUACUCGACGCCGUUCCACCCCCACUCUUGCCAGGCAUCUUUUCGACACUUACACUUGUACCUGCAGACAAUCUUCAAAUUCUCGUCAAUUCAACGCGGCUGAACCGAGGUUCAGGGACUAAAGGCCCUGUUCGAGAUUACGUGUAAUUUCACUGACUGUAAGCAAAAAUUAGUCCGUGAUACGACUUGUGUGAUAUAACGAUCAGUAACGGGAAUAAUUGUCAUUAUACCGGUAUCAAAUUUACGACAUGCAAAUCUUUUGUCUAAGCUCUUGUACUGUCUUACAACGCAGCUUUGCGUAUCGUCAUUUAGUUUUUCUAUUUGCUUAAUAAUCUGUCUAUUUUUAAUUAGGAACUAACAAACUUUCCUCGAUUUAAACAUCACAAUACUGCCUUCUCUCGAAAUAUAAAAAUUAAGUCUCGUGACCUCUUGCGUUGGACGUUGGAUGACAAGAUAUAUUUAAUCGUUUACGGUCAAUCCUCUAAGUGUAUAAAUAUUUAUUCAUAAUAUUCAUCAACAUUACGCAGGUAUUUGUAGUGCAUCAUCCUAAGACAAACGAGUCCGGGUAUCAUACCUUGCGUCAAGAGUUCAUUACAAUCAUUACGGUUUAUUAAUCACAACUAUUUUAUAUACCAAUAAUUAAUGAUAUUUCAUUUAAGGAACCAACGAUGAAAUCGCAUGACGAAAUCGUAGAUUGUAUGCGUAUUGAAACGAACGGCUAUUUGCCACCUAAUCGUAAGUCUGUCUCAAUGUCCGACGUUUCGUUUAUCGACCACUGUCAUCGGUUACUCGUUUCUGAUAUAUCGAUGCCCAUGCCAUGUACCGACGAAACAUACCUCAUACAUAUAUAAUACCUAUAUCCAUGCAUACCUACGUGGCUGGUGUAAUACUCCGUCGAGUUUAUAAUGAGUUUCUUGAAUCAUCAACGGUAUUGAAAAAUAAGUCUCGCUGCGUGUAUAGAUACAAUAAUUCGUGUAAAGUAGACGUCUAAUAACGCACCGCACACCUUAUACACUUGUAACCUAUUACUCAAAUAAUGUGUAAGGUACGCCUUUAAGAUUGAAUAUUAAAUGCAAUCGUAAAUGUAACGGGUGAGAUUAAGUUUUAGUAAGUGGUUCGCUUCAUUCCCUGGUGAAAAUUGUUUUUCUUGAAACCAAUUACUUUUCAGAACUUUUUAUUACACAACUUCGGUAAAUUUUCUGCCUGAAAAUAUCUUAUAAAUCCGGUAUUUUAUUCUGUGUGUAUUUCUGAACGAAAAGAAUCUCGUUUCAAAACAUUUCCGCAACGUUUCGUGCGAUUUUCUUUCCAAACGUCAAAUUGCUUUUUUCUCUUCAAACCGUUGAAUUUUUCCAUUACCUGCAAAAUCCUCGUUUAUCAUAACUUGAUUACAAUUCGCCAAUAAGUUUCUAAUCCACCAAUAAUACUAUACGUCAAUGUUUUAAAUGGUAAUACUGGCGAAACUACAGAACAACAUUUCACUGGGGGUUUUUAUCUAUGCAAGGAAAGAAAGCUGCUUACCUCCCUUACAGGCUGCGGCGUUAAGCCAAUGUAGGGAUUUGAUUAGGUAGGAAUGUACGUAGUAACGAUUGAAACUGUGUAGAAAAUUCCGAAAAUUGAAUCGAUCUACAAUGCUCGUACAAUGAUCUCGUCUGUCAGCUCUUUGUUAUUUUCCAAAGCGCAAAGCCGAAGAGCAACGUCCGUUACGCGGUUUGUCAUUUAAUUAUUUCACCUUAUGAAAACGAGACGACAAAACGUUGACGAUUCCAUGUGGGCAGGGACAAAUCGUAAGGCAUUCUAUCUACCUUUCGCUGCGUAGGUAAUAACACGGGCGUAUGCAGGUUUAUUUUCAUCACUCUGUUAAACGGUUUAAUACUGUUACCUGUGAUUUCGUUUAAUUGCAUU